AUGGCGAGUGCUGGAGACGGAAUUCCUACCUUCAAACUUGUUUUAGUAGGAGAUGGUGGAACUGGAAAGACCACGUUCGUAAAACGCCACUUAACAGGAGAAUUCGAAAAGAAAUACGUUGCUACACUUGGAGUGGAGGUGCAUCCUCUACUUUUCCAUACUAACCGAGGGCAGAUUCGUUUCAACGUUUGGGAUACCGCUGGCCAAGAAAAGUUUGGUGGUCUUCGUGACGGCUAUUAUAUUCAAGGGCAGUGUGCAAUAAUCAUGUUUGACGUCACGGCCCGUGUCACGUAUAAGAAUGUACCCAACUGGCAUCGAGAUCUUGUUCGUGUCUGUGAGAACAUCCCUAUAGUACUAUGUGGAAAUAAGGUUGAUGUGAAAGACCGAAAAGUAAAGGCAAAAACAAUUACGUUCCACCGCAAGAAGAACCUUCAAUAUUACGAUAUCUCCGCUAAAUCUAACUACAAUUUCGAGAAGCCCUUUUUAUGGUUGGCUCGCAAACUUCUGGGAGAUCCUAACCUUGAGUUCGUCGCAAUGCCAGCGCUUGCACCACCUGAGGUGCAAAUGGAUCCUACAAUGGUUGCUCAGUAUGAAGAAGACCUGAAAAAUGCUGCAGAUGCCGAUUUGCCCGAUGAUGACGACGAUCUCUAG